AUGUCGUUCAAACGUAACGAGGGCAACGCCAACAUGAGCCGCUCAUCUUCGAGCUCCGUCUCAAGCGUCGGUGGUGGAGCACCACUCUGCGGCAGUCUUUCAACCUUCGCAUUCGACAGUCCCAAGCCACCAGGAUCGAGUUCCAGCCACAAGUCGCUCAACACGACCUUUCCGCUUCAGCAUUCUCCAGAGGUUGUCUCAGGUCGAAGCCGUGCUGUCUCGGAUGCCAUUUUUGCUUCUCCCGAGCCCCGUGAGCACGGAACCAAAUCGACGGGCGGCUUCCAGCUCGGUGACCCCGCUGAGGACGAGGACGUCUUUGUUGAAGGCGAGCAUGGCUCGCUGCCAUACACAGUCACCACGACUACCCAAGACGGCAUCCCAUGCACCAUUGUCCGCACAAUCAUUGAUCCAGACGACGAUGAUCGAGCUGUGGGCGGCGUGGAUGCACAGGUCCACUAUCCGGGCACAGCCUGUGUCUUUGUUGCCAACCUUCCCGAGGGUGCCAAAGACUCUCGCUUAGAGGCGGCUGUCACCAGUGCCUUCUCUAAGUUCGGUUGUGUCUUCGUCAAGAUCCGCCGUGACAAUCGCAACAUGCCUUUCGCCUUUGCCCAGUAUACUAGAGACGAGCAUGCCGAGGUUGCUCUUCGUGAAGGCCGUGGAACGAUCAUCGAAGGCCGCCCCUGCCGCACUGAGAAGGUGCGUGGCAAUCGUCUGUUCAUCAUUUGCCGUCGUGACAAUUGCCCCAUUACGGCUGAUGAGGCAGCAAAGGAGCUGGGCCGCACAGGUCCCAUUAUCAAGACCGAAUACAUCAGUCAGGAUGUUCUUGAUGCCCUCAAGAUCGACAAUGGCGUCCUGGUUGAGUUUCAGAACUUUGACCCUGACCGAGAUGUUGUGGCUCUGUACCGACGUCAUCCAACUUUCCGUGUCAUCCCUUACGAUGUGAAGCGACACGAUAUUGCUACGCGAAUUGACGCUGAUCGCCGAUACCUCGAGAACUACGAUCUCGAGCGACGCUCCGUGUUCAUUGGCAGACUUCCGACAGAUAUUGCCCCCGCAGACCUCGAGAAAGAGAUUAGAUCAGUCAUGGCUGAGGCUGGAGAGGUCAAGGCAGUCACUGUGAUCAGCAAGCCACCCAAUCCAGAGCGCAACACCGCGGUUGCCUUCGCAUUCUGCGAGUUUGCGGCCCCCCACAUGGCGAUCAAUGCUAUCGAGAGCAUGAAUGGCGUUCUUAUCUAUGACACCAAAGUCAAAGUCGAGGCCAAGUCGUCUCGGGAGGUCGCAAUGCAGAACAGCAAUCGCCAGAGCUUUCUGCCGAGACAGGAGGCAAGCCCAGCACGUCCUCUGAGAUCAUAUAGAUCCUUGCAAUCCAUGCAGCCUGCCACGCCCCCAGCCCUGAACCGGAAGCUGAGCAACAUGAGCAUGACACCAGCAGAGGCCAUCGCAGAAGAGGCGGCACUGGCAAGCCUGGCCCAACUUCGUUUCCCAACCGAGUAUCCCAGCCCUGUUCAUGUGGCAAGCCCCUAUGGUGUCGACAUGGGAUACGGUGUGGGAGUGCCCGUGACGCCUCAGUUCAGCCCGUACGCAACAUACAACACUGCCGCAGCAUUCUCGCCCGCUGCCCCAGCCUGGAACCCAUACUCCUGGGCCACACCUUAUCUUUCGGACCCUCGCUACGCCCAUGCCGCUGCUGCUUCUGCGUACAAUCAGGCUACUUUCGCCCGCCGGGCCAACGAGUUGGGAACGCCAACAAAGCAAUUCAACGGCAAACAUGACAAUCUGUCCGAGCCAGCCGGAAGUCGUGAGCAUUAGCCCCGUGCCUGCACCAACGACUGAUGUCGUGGUUCAAUGUCUCGGCAAAGGGCUUGGCAAUGUAGACUUCACAGGACAUUUCUGCAAUUCAUGGCUAACCCUCUGACCUUUGUGUGAAAUUGCUCAAGUCUAAGACUUGCUUGGAGAACUCUGACGUGAGUCUCAGCUGCUCUGACAAAAAAAGGGCGUUGUCAGAAGAGUGUUUGUGGGAAAUAUCGUUACAUGGAUGGAUAAUGCUGCUGGUCGCAUUGAAGAUGGACAACGCUUUGUAUUUUAGGGGAUUUUCCACCAGAAUCAGGGAUAAGAUCUGUCUGAGGGUGGGGAUGUGGUCAAGGAAAAGCUGCGCAGCCAGUGCACAAACGAUGGGGUGAUGGCGC